UCCAUGUCAGACAGCAAAGAGUGCCGCAGUUAUCUGGGAAUCUGAGUGAAAGCAACCUCACUAACAGAGAGCGCGAGAGAGAGAGGAAGACCAUGAGCGAGAUGGAAUAAGGACAAAAAAAGAAAGAAGAGGAGGAUGAAAGCAAGACAGACAAGGGAAAAAAUAGAAAGAUCUAAACAAAAAGGUCAGGUUAGCAAACACUUUGCACCUGAGGAGGCAGUGAUUGAGAUAUAAAGGAAAGGGAAGUGAAAGUUGCUGUGAAUCAUCCAUAACAAAAGGACAACCAACUUUUAACUCUGACAAAGGAGGAUUUCGUCCUUGAGGAAAACGUGUAUCACUGCCCAGGAUCUUAAGACAAACGUCAGGACAAGCUUGGCUUUCCACAUUUUCCCAUGAUCCCAUUAGGUUCUCUUGGUUUGCUCCCCCUGCUGUCUCUGUUUGUGGGAGCGCUGCUGUCCUCAGAUGCAUCUCUGGCCUGCACACACCCUCCUUGCAGGGAUAAUCUGGUGGCUGCACCCAUCCAGCCUAGCUCGGGAGCAGGAGAGGGUACCGGGGCCUGUGAGGGUCAAACCGGGACAACAGCCUGCAGGAGGGGGGUCUCACUUCCAGCCAUUUCAGAUCUUCCUCAGAGGGCAGAGCACAGACGAAAUUUCCCCCAAGCCCAGCCUAAGACUGGUGGAGUCAAAGAGCGUCUGGUUCAGCUGCAGCACUGCAUGCACUCUCUUCAAGAAAAAGGAGGCCCCUGGAGCAACGGGGGGCAAGAGAGCAACUCUCUAGGGGCCAUUCUGGCACUAAUGGCAGCUGUACUGACAGAGUGUGACCUCCACUGUCACAGCCAGGCUCUUGGGGCAAUGGCCAAACGACUGGAGAGCGCAGCCGUGGGAAGAGAGGGGGAAAAAGACCUGCUGCUUUUCUUGAAGAGCAUCACACAAUAUACACCCACAGUUGCUCCCUUGGAGAGGUUACAUCCUCAGGACUGUGCAGAGAUUUACAAGCUCGGGAUCAAAGAGAAUGGAAUCUACACCAUCCAACCUGACCUGCACAGGCCGGCAUUGGAGGCUAAAUGUGACAUGGAGACGGCGGGCGGCGGGUGGACGGUGAUCCAGAAUCGGCAGGACGGCACGCUGGACUUCAACAGGACAUGGCAGGAAUACCAGGAGGGAUUUGGGAGUCCACAGGGAGAGCACUGGUUGGGGAACGCAGCACUGCAUGUCCUCACCUCCACUGGCCAACACCAACUACGCAUCGAGCUGGAGGACUGGCACCAGCAGAAGCGCCAUGCUACCUACAACAACUUCAAAGUGGCCUCAGAGGCACAGAGGUACCGUCUAACGGCGCGGGAAUACUCUGGCGAUGCAGGCAAUGCACUGAGCUACAGCAAACGUUACAACCACGACGGAAGAUCCUUCAGCACUUCUGACCGAGACCACGACCGUUACGCAGCUGGGAACUGUGGUCAGUACUACGGCGCAGGCUGGUGGUUCGAUGCUUGCCUGGCAGCUAACCUGAACGGACGGUAUUACCGUGGGCGCUACAGUGGGGUGACCAACGGUAUCUACUGGGGGACAUGGUACAUCCUGACAGACGGUCGAACUGGAGAACGCUACUCCUUCAAGAGGGUGGAGAUGAAGACGAGACCCAGGAGCUUUGUAGGAGCAUCCUAAAGAUAACAAUGAUGACUAUAAGUAACUAUAAACACCACAGUUAUGCAUUGGUUUUCUGUGUGGACAUCACUCUGUUUAGAGCAGCUAUCAUGUCACUUAGCAAUAACAUGCAGAUGGCAGCUAAUAGAUAACCUUCACUUGCACUCCCUAUUGCAAUAUUCUUUUGUUGAUUUAAGGGACAUCUCUCUAUGAAACCUAUAUACUGCUGUAACAGUGAAACAAAGAAAGAAAAUGCUUGUAGAAGUUCUUGUAAUAAAUUUCCCAGAAUCUUUAUUGUACAUUGACAACAAAGAAAUCAUUUUAUCUGGUACUAUGCCUGGUGUGUCAACAUGCAAUCGGUGUUUACACUUAGAGGGUGGUUUUAUUAAAAUGCCACAGCCCAGUGUGUUCAUAAACGUGACCCUGCAAGAAUGCAUGGAUUAACCCUCAGAGUUCAUUUGUUCAUCUACCUGCCUAAGCUCAGUGAUCUAUCAAAGAUGUCAGAUGACCUAAAA